ACUAACCACCAAACUGUUAAACCUACUGACAGAAAAAAUGGCAAAGUUUCUUCAAUUUGUGAUUCUUGUUGCUUUGAGCAUUUUUAUCUCAGCUAAACCUUUGGCUCCUGGAGUUGGAAUGUUUGGAGAUAAAUUUCAAGGAGAUAUAAAACUGACCGAUGAACAAAAGGAACUUAUAUUUGGAACACCUGAAGGUCGAAAUUCUAGAACUGGAUGGACUUGGCUUCCAUUUCGUUGGCCAAAAAAUGGUCAAGGGCAAGUGAUUAUUCCUUACCGUAUUACUGCUUCACAAGGAUUCCAACAAGAUCAAAUAAAUUGGAUGCUUCGAGAAUUUGCUGAUAUUGAAAGAGCGACUUGUGUUCGCUUCGUUCAACAUACAACUCAAACCGAUUUUGUAGAUAUCGUCAACGGAGAUGGUUGCUGGUCAUGGAUGGGGCGUACUGGUGGAAGACAAGAACUAUCUUUGGAUACAAAUGGAUGCUUCUGGGAUGGAACAGCAAUGCACGAAGCAAUUCACGCUAUUGGAUUUGAUCAUAUGCAUGCUGAUGUCACACGUGAUAGUCAUGUUUCAAUAAUGUGGAAUAACAUUCAGCCUGGAAUGGAAAGUGCUUUUAAUAUGGUCGAUCCUCAAUGGUUCAGUAGUUUUGGAACUUCGUAUGACUUAUGGUCGGUCAUGCAUUACCCAAGAUGGGCUUUUUCAAGAAAUGGACAAGACACAGUUGUGCCACACGACCGUUCAUUUCUGGAUAUCAUUGGAGAGACUGGUGCCGUUUCAUCAGAAAAAAUGGCAAAGUUUCUUCAAUUUGUGAUUCUUGUUGCUUUGAGUAUUUUUAUCUCAGCUAAACCUUUGGCUCCCGGAGUUGGAAUGUUUGGAGAUAAAUUUCAAGGAGAUAUGAAAAUGACACCAGAACAGAAGGAACGCAUUUUUGGCAAAUCUGAAGGUCGAAAUUCUAGAACUGGUGCGACUUGGGCUUCUGCCCGUUGGCCAAGGAAUGCGCAAGGGCAAGUGAUUGUUCCUUAUCGCAUCACUGCUUCACAAGGAUUCCAACAACAUCAAAUAAAUUGGAUGCUUCGAGAAUUUGCUGAUAUCGAAAGAGUGACUUGUGUUCGCUUCGUUCAACGAACAACUCAAGUUGAUUUCGUAGACAUUGUCAACGGAGAUGGUUGCUGGUCAUGGAUAGGACGAAUUGGUGGAAGACAAGAAUUGUCUAUGGACACAAAUGGAUGCUUCUGGGAUGGAACAGCAAUGCACGAAGCAAUUCACGCUCUAGGAUUUGUUCACAUGCAUUCUGAUGUCACACGUGAUAGCCACGUUUCAAUAAUGUGGAAUAAUAUUAUACCUGGAUUCGAAGAUCAAUUUGAGAUGGUCGAUCCUCGAUGGUAUGACAGUUUGGGGACUCCAUACGAUUUAAGAUCGAUCAUGCAUUACCCAAGAUGGGCGUUUUCAAGAAAUGGACAAGACACAGUUGUACCACACAAUCGUUCGUUUUUGGACAUCAUUGGAAUGACUGGUGCCGUUUCAUCAGGUGAUGCUUUAAGGAUUAAUCGGUUAUAUGGUUGUUAAAUAAUUUAAAUAUUGUGAAAUAAAACCUUAUGGUGUGAAUAUUUAA